UCACACAACGUGGCUGUGCGGCGCUAACUAUCCAAGAUGGAGGUUGAACGAGUGUCUAAUGACACUGACAAAGAACUGGCCAAAAUCGCCGAAAACGAAGUAAAAUCUCAGGCCAUUGGAUGGCAAUCUCUGCUAACCUUCACCGUUCUGUUUCUGGCCUGGUUGGGUGGUUUUGCGAGCCGUCUGUUUGCUGUGAUCCGCUUCGAAAGUAUCAUCCAUGAGUUCGAUCCUUGGUUCAACUAUCGUGCCACUCAUCAUUUGGCUAACAGUGGAUUCUACAACUUCCUUAACUGGUUUGAUGAGAGAGCAUGGUACCCACUUGGAAGAAUUGUUGGAGGAACUGUAUAUCCAGGUCUUAUGGUCACCUCAGCCUCCAUCCAUGCUAUCCUCAAUGCACUAAAUAUUACAGUCCACAUCAGAGAUGUCUGUGUAUUUCUAGCUCCUGUUUUUAGGUAAAAGACAAUAUUUUUCAUUUUCAACAU